CCCUGCCAUUAAAACCCUCCGUCCAGUGCCCAGCCCCGCUGCUCCAGCCCAGCGCCCACCAUGUUCUCAGAGCAGACGGCCCCCACGGCGCAGGGUUUGCUGGCCCCCCCCUCCACCGAGACCUCCACCUUCUCCCGGGUGCCGGUCCUGGCGUACGCCGACUGCUCCCAGCCCUUCCUGCUGGGCGAGCGCAGCUUCAGCCGCCAGUACGCCCAUAUCUACGCCGCCCGCCUCAUCCAGAUGCGGCCCAUCCUGGAGGAGCGGGCGCGACAGAAGUGGGGGACCAGCGUGGCACUGAGGAAGCUCUGCGAGCUGCGGACGGGUGAGAAGUGCUGUGUGGUGGGGACGCUCUUCAAGGCAAUGCAGCUGCAGCCCUCCAUCCUGCAGGAAAUCAGCGAGGAGCACAACCUGGUGCCUCAGCCUCCCCUGCCCAAGUACAUCCACCCCUCUGAUGAGCUGAUCCUGGAGGAUGAGCUGCAGCGGAUCAAGCUGGAAGGAGCUGUUGAGGUGCAGCGGCUGGUGACAGGGACCGUCUUUGCUGUGUAUGGCUCCGAGCAGGACGACGGCAAGUUCCUGGUGGAGGAUCACUGCUUCGCCAACCUGCCCCGGCCACUGCCCUGGAAAGGCCCCGACUCAGACCGGUUCGUCCUGCUGGUGUCGGGGCUGGGGCUGGGCAGUGGGAGCGGUGAGGCCCUGCUGAGCACCCAGCUGAUGGUGGACGUGGUGACCGGGCAGCUGGGCGCUGAGGGACAGCAGAGCCGUGCUGCACACAUCUCUCGUGUCAUCCUGGCUGGGAACCUGCUGAGCCAGAACACCCAGGGCCGGGACACCAUCAACAAGGCCAAGUACUUGACCAAGAAGACCCAGGCAGCGAGCGUGGAGGCUGUGAAGAUGCUGGAUGAGAUCCUGCUGCAGCUUUGCACCUCCGUACCCGUGGACGUGAUGCCUGGUGAGUUUGACCCCACCAACUACACGCUGCCCCAGCAACCGCUGCAUCACUGCAUGCUGCCCCUCGCCAGUGCCUACUCCACGCUCCGGCUGGUCACCAACCCCUACCAGGCCGACAUGGACGGAAUCAGGUUUUUGGGGACAUCAGGGCAAAACGUCAGUGACAUCUUCAAAUACAGCGGCAUGGACGACUACCUGGAGAUCCUGGAGUGGACGCUGCUGGCGGGACACAUCAGCCCCACGGCCCCAGACACCCUGGGCUGCUACCCCUUUUACAAAUCAGACCCUUUCAUCCUCACCGACUGCCCUCACGUCUACUUCUGUGGCAACGCUCCCCGCUUCCAGUCCAAGUUGCUCAAAGGGGAGGACGGGCAGCAGGUCCUGCUGGUGACGGUGCCCGCCUUCUGCACCACGCAGACUGCCUGCCUCAUCAACCUGCGUGACCUCAGCUGCCAGCCCAUCAGCUUCUCCGGCUUCGGGGCUGAGGACGAUGAUGGGGACAUGGAGGUUGGGCACUGACUGGGCAGGCAGGGCAUGGACUCCAUAAACCCCUGGCCGCUUGGGAGGUCCUGGCACCCUGCCACCUUGCUGCCAUCCCCGUCUGUCCUGGGAGGGCUGGCUUGGAGCUGCCAGGGCAUGAGAGAGAGGAGAUGCUUGUACCAAUAUAACUUGAUUUAUUUGUGUAA